AUGGCUAAUGACAAGAUAACGAAGGCAUGCCUAAUAAAGAUUUUUUAUGAUCUUGGUUUUUUUCGAGAAUUUGAUUUCGAAACUCUGUACUCUUACGAGUACGAAAAGGAGAAGACUGAAAGGCUGGCUGAUGAUAUUCUUGAGUGGGAGUCAGAGAACUCUUAUGACUUCGAAAAGGCAAAAACUGAGAAGCUGUAUGAUGAUAUACUUGACUUACUGCCCUCUGAUCCUUUUGAUAUGAAUAUAAGUCCUCCGAUUAUGGAAAUCACUGGUUGGAAUGAGGAUCUUGAUGAGGAUUUUGGACUAAAAAUUCUUGGGUUUGGUACUGAUGAAUUGGAAGUCAAGAAAGAAGAUGAUGAACUGCUUGCAAAAUCGAAUUUUGAUUCAAACAACGCCAUGAGUUCUUAUCAGGAGCUUGAUGACAAGAAAACAGAUGAAAAAUCAAUUGGGUCUGUAUUGAUUGAAGAAUUUUUGAAAGAUAAAUAUUGGGAAUCACAGAAAUUCAUUGAGCGACAGAGAAGAAAGACAGCCAAAACAUUUGCUGAUAGUGAAGGGGAUAUUAUGCUUAUUGGUGUGAACCUGCGAUGGUCCCCGGCUCCAUGA